AUGACAGUCGAUACCCUAUCCCUGGACGCCAUCAAGCGGCUAACGGACAUUUCAACGAUCACGGCGCAGCUGCGCGCGGUGCUGGAGGCAGAGAGCGGGUCGGAUGCCCGCCUGGCGGAGCUGAUGGAGACGCAGGGGGAUGUUGAUGUCGAGAGGAAGUUGAGGGAACUGGAUGCUUUGCGGUGCGUUCGGGGUGCUAGUGAAUGUGGGCAGUCUCAGGGCUUCGGUGCGCACUACUGGGAGGAUUUGGAGGGAAGGGUCGAAGCGCCGCCGAAAAGCCUAAUGGGCUUCUCAGCCGGGGCAUGGCCCCCGCAGAUCGAGUUUGUGCGGCACGACGCGCAGCCGCUGCUGAAGGUGCUGGGUGAGACGUCGACGCUCGCGGAACGCAUCAGUGGGAAAGUCCGCCAGCUGGAUCUGGAGCAGGGGAGGGUCAAGGCGACUAUUGGGCUUGUGGAUGAUAUUCAGGAGUUGCAGAAAUGCGCUGUAGGAGUGGACAAAGCACUAGCGGCCCUCGACUACGAGCGUGCCGGUGAUUUCGUGAGCCGAUACCUCAGCUACGACCCAUCCGUCGUCGAACGGAUCUUCGCUGCCUACGCAACCUCCGACCAGGACGCCUACUUCCCCACCAUCAAAGACGCCGCUGACCCAACACCCAAAGCAGCGUCCUACUUGGAAACGCUCAAAAAAGCCCAGCAGCAACUGACCGACGUGGCCAUGGACGAGUUUGACAAUGCCGUUCAAGCGGCGAACGAGGAGGCGAUUCUGAGAUACUUUAAGAUUUUCCCGCUCGUGGGACAUCAUGAGGUUGGGUUGGAUAAGUUCUCGGCGUAUAUCUGUGGCAGUAUCUCCAGGCAGUGUCAGGAUAACAUGCGGGAGUCGGCGGAUCAGCCUUUGUUUUACGCGAAGCUGCUUACGCAGUUGUUUGAGACGAUUGCUAUGAUCGUUGACCGACAGGAGGCGAUGGUCAACUCGGUGUAUGGACCAGGCAAGAUGCUCCGCGUUAUUCAACGAUUGCAGCGCGAGGCGGAUAUACAGGGGUCCAUCAUCCUCAACGCCUUUUCCGAGCGGCGCCAGUUGCAGCGGAAGCUGGCAGACGUAGCAAAGUACGAAGCCAGCCUCCGCAAAAAGCCUUCUGCAACCGCCCCGCAAGUCUCUCUCGACACGCUAGUCGAACCGAGGGACGUCGAUACGGUGCUCAACGAGCUCGCUUUGAUAUCACAGAAAGCAAGGAUCUUUGACCGGUUUCUCCAUGUUCGCGCUGAGGGUGAGGCGUUGAAAGUCCGCGAAACGCCCGUAACGACCAGCACAGACUGGACGAGCUCGCUAGACGGCGAAGGCGACGGCCUAGUCAAAGUCAGCAAGCUCGACGAGCUAUCACAGCAGCUGAUGAGCGAUUACGUCUCCCUCGAAGAGUAUUUUAUCCGAAGGAGCGUCGAAAAGGCCAUGUCGAUCGACACCCUCGACAAUCCCAACGACCUCACCUCCAGCAGCGUCGAGGAUGUCUUCUACAUUCUGAAAACGUGCGCGCGGCGCGCACUGACAACGUCCGAUUCGAACUGCAUAUCGGCUAUCGUCAAUGGGAUUGGAAGGAUAUUAGAACUGGAUUAUAUCAAUAUCUUCCAGAGUCGAUUAAGUGCGGCGUUCUCGAUGGGGGUUGCGGAGGCGGGUGGGGUGAAGGAAGGUGCGGGGAAGAGUGGCGGGUACAUGGUGGUACUGAACAAUAUCGACGUCAGCUGCGAGUACAUUGUCAAGCUUACCGAAGAGCUGGACGACGAGGUUGGGCGGCUAUUUGCGCCAUCGCAGGAUCUGUCGGUGGAGAAGAUCCGGUCGUGUCUUGGUGUGCUGUCGGAGUAUGCUGACAGUUUCCGGAGUAUCUUGAAGACAUGGAUAGACAACAUCUUCAAACAGCAAAUGAAACCGCGGAUCCGCCCCCUUCUCCAAUCCUCCUACCUGCAGGAUGUCAAAUACAACAUCACAACCUCCGACGAAUACGCGCAACAAGAAGUCAACGACGCUUUCAUUAAACGCUUCAUCCCCGGCUGGACAAAACUCUGCACCCCAUAUAAACGCGGCUUCUCAGAAUGGAACCUCGACCAUACGAUGGGCUGCAUGGUCGAUUUCAUGGCGCGUGAAUGGGAACGCUUCGUGAUCCAGAUGUUUCGGUUUACGCAGCUGGGCGCACUGAGGUUUGAUCGGGAUGUGAGGACUGUGGCUGCGCAUUUUACAGCGACGCUGAACACGCAUCAUAAUGUGGAUACGGGGACGACCUCGGCGUCUUCUUCCCCCGGUAGAUCGGGCAACGCCGGUGGAGCGCGCUGGUCAACGAGGGAGAAGUUUGCGAGGCUGAGUCAAAUGUCGACUUUAUUGAAUUUGGAUUCCGUGGAGGAGGUUUUGGAACUUUGGGGGAAGCCUGGGGCUGCAGGUGGUGGAGGCGGGGUUGGAGGCGGUGGGGCUGCGCAAAGUGGAGGCGGGUCGAUUACGUGGCGGUUGAGUGCAAAGGACGUGAAGAAAAUUUUGGCGUUGAGGGUCGAUUUCAAUCCGGACACCAUCGCCAAGCUUGAGCUUUAG